CCGAAUCCAGGAUUGAUGGAAGAGAACAGAUUUAAUAACUCAAAGUUCAAACAACCUCGAGACCCGAGUCCAUUCUAUCCGUAGUCCAUGGUAGAAUAUCCUCUUAUCUUCAGCUUGGUUUGAACUUGUGUGAGUAAGAUCUGCCGAUUCUCAACCGACGUCAGGAGAUGCUAGGAGAUUCUGAUCAAACGUUGCGCCCAGUACUGGCCUAACAGACGCAUCGUCGGCAGUGGCAGAUUUGCUGAGUGUAGAAGGAGAGAGAGUGCGCGUGCGUUGUGUCGUUCUCGCCGAGCCCCUCCAAGCAAAUUUCUUUUCUGAAAUAUCUACGGUAUUUGCACAUCAGCGCCCAGGAGUGUGUGAGCGCAUGCAGCGAGGGGUCACAAUCAAGGAUGGAGCGUCGGUCUGUUAGGUCGCGUAAGCCUGUGGAUUACGCCAAGUUCUCAGCCGCAGCGGGUAACGAUGGUUCAUCCGACAGUGAAGAUGACUUCAAGGACUCGCCGAGUACAAGAAAACCUGCUUCAGGCGGUAACUCUACCGAGCCUGCUCCGACAAAGGAUGUGCCAAAGAAGAAGAAAGCAGCCCCAAUGAAGGACUCGCCGACAUUCUCUCCAGUCAAGAAGCAGCCCAGGUUGUCUGUCGAGGAGAAGCUGUUCAUGAGGGAUCUGAACGCUGCGCUGAGCGCGUCCGCUCAGGAGAACAGCGCCUCCUCUACCAGCUCGUCGCAGAGCACGGAGACUACGGCGACAAACGAAACAACUGCCCCCGCCGUGGACGAGCGACACUCGGUCGCCACAGACGAUGCGACGGAUGACGUCGUGCGACCGCGAAACCGCAAGCGGAAGAGCGCCAUUCUGAGCGAUGACAGCUCCGAGGAUGACGGCGGGCAGGCCGCAGGAAGUGUAACGGAGCCAGCAACUGCGAGAGCCGGUUCUCCACGCAAAGCGCCGACCGGUGCACGCAAACAGGUGAAAAAGAAGACCAUCGAUAGUGACAGUGAUGCUGAAAUGGACGAUCCCGAAGAGGAAGACGACGAAUCGUUUGGCGAGGAGGGGGAGGACUCAAGCGAUGGAUUCUCUGCUUCUGAUGACGAUAGCGACUUCGACGGCGCGCCUUCAUCCAAGAAGAAGACAGCCGCAAAAGGAAAGGGGAAGCCACCGGCGGCAUCUGCAGCCGCUAAGGGCCGCAAGAGCGCGGCGGCGACAAAGUCUCCGGCUAAGAAGGCACCUGCACGGACAACGAAAUCCCCGAAGACAACAAAGUCCGCAGCCAGCACAGUGUCCACGGCUGCACCUCCUGCCAGUAAAGGGAGAACGGCAGCCACCGCAACACCACGGAAACCGGCGGCCACGGCUGCAAAGCGAUCGCCAGCGGUUACCAGUGCUAGUUCCAUGAAAUCGCCGGUCAAGCGUUCUGUUGGUGUGACGCGGACGCCAGUACCUCCUGCUGCUGUAUCGGUCAGUAACGCCGCCAAGCAAACUGCUUCUACAGGUCCAGCUCGUGUUUCUGGACUGGGCACAGCGUCUUCCCCUCUUCAUUUGGGCGGUGUGCACAUCAAGUCACCCAGUCAUAUCCGGCUAGGCUUGUCGCGUAACGUCAGAGUCAAGCCUCUCCAUCCGAGCGCAACGUCACCCGGUGCAUCGGGUUAGUCCGUUGCCAAUACACCGCAUGGGCUUAUAUCCGUGUGUGUGUGUGUGUGUGUGUGUGUGUCCGUGUGUGUACAUGUGUAGGUGUGUGCGUGUGUGUGUACGCGUGUGUAUGUGUGCUGUUUGUUGGCUGGGUGGGGUCACCAUUUCAUAACUUGUCGUUGUACUGAGCUCCACGGCAGUGUUUCUCUGAUGGUGGAGCGGUCAUGCGGCCCCUCUCAAACAACCCUUCAGUCUCUUUGCCUCUGUCCCAGUCCUUGGCUUGGCUAUGCUGUUUGUCUUGAUUGUUAUACGUGCGUUGGUUUGCUGGUCUAGCCCUUGGCUUAGCUUGCUGCUCUAGAAUUUAGCUAUGUUCAUGUUCGGACCCUGGGCUGGUAUCUGGUGUAGACCUGUGUAGCUGCUCGCUCUCUGCCUUCUGGAUCUGGUAUUCUGCGUUGCCUCUCUUUUAUCAAUUGUUCAUCUCCCUCUAGGCACGUACCUGUGCACAUAAACACGCAUGCACGCACAUCACCUGUUUUCUCUCUCUCUCUCUCUCUCUCUCUCUCUCUCUCUCUCUCUCUCUCUCUCUCUCUCUCUCUCUCUCUCUCUCUCUCUCUCUCUCUCUCUCUCUCUCUCCCUGCGCUUGUUUUUCACAUAGAGCUUAUCAUAGUCAUGCACAGCUGGUCUGUCCCUUACUCCUAGUGUAGAUAAACAUUGAUUAUACAUAUCACAUACCAAUGACUACUGUAAACGGCUAAUUUUGGAGGCGGUGAAAUUUUGCCAGCGAAAGGGAUGCAUUCUCCCAAGUUUAGCAUUUAGCUGUGCAGUGGGCAGUUCUCACUAACAAAGGUGACCUGAUCAGCACAUGCAGUUACACGCACUGUGCAUCCACAUUCAAACAGGGUUAGUUUAUUUAUUUUUGGUAAAGUC